AUGGCCGACUUCACAUCAUCCCUAGCCUUUGUCACAGACAACCCUGCCGCUGCAGCCCUCAGCGAUGCCUACAACUCCUUCUCCGAUCGCAGAGCAAUGCUCAACCUGCCCAACCCCGGCACGGUCGAUAACCUCGCUCGUGAGGUGCAGAAGGAUGUUUUGUUGACCAACUUCAUGUUCUCCGGUCUCCGCGCAGACUUGACCAAGGUCUUCGGCAUGUCCCCUCUGUUCCGAAUUUCACACGCGUUCUCCAUGGGCGGCUCCGGCAACCUGCCUCCCUACGCUUUCUCUGCCAUGUUCGGAAACCCCAGGGUUUUCAUGCAGGGCAACUUCGGCAGUGACGGUUCCCUCGCCGCCGUCGCCAACUACCGCUGGAACCAGGCUCUUGUCACCAAGACCAACGCUCAGGUCAUGAACGGUGGUGCCCAAGGUUUGAUUCAGAUCGACAACGACUACACUGGCCGCGACUUCUCUGCUUCCCUCAAGGCUUUCAAUCCGUCUUGCCUCGAGGGCGGUCUGACCGGUAUCUUCGUCGGCAGCUACCUGCAGUCCAUCACCCCCGGCCUUGCCCUCGGAUUCGAGGCUAUCUGGCAACGACAGGGUAUCACCGCUCGCCCUGAGACUGCUCUUUCCUACUCCGCCAAGUACAAGGGUGAGGACUGGAUCGGUACCGCUCAGCUCCAGGCUCAGGGCACUUUCAAUGCCACUUACUGGCGCAAGCUGUCCGAGCGCGUUGAAGCCGGUAUUGACAUGAACCUCCAACUUGCCCCUACUCCUGCUGCUCUCAUGAUGGGCGGCCCUGCCCGUGACGGUACCACUGCCAUUGGUGCCAAGUACGACUUCCGCGCUUCCUCUUUCCGUGCCCAGGUCGAUAGCGCCGGCAAGGUCAGCUGUCUCCUCGAGAAGCGCAUCGCCAUGCCUCUCUCUCUCUCCUUCGCUGGCGAGAUUGAUCACCCUAAGCAAACCGCCAAGCUCGGUCUCGCUGUUUCCCUGGAGCUUGCUGGCGAGGACCUGAUGGAGCAGCAGGAGAAGGCUGACCCCGCCGCCAUGAUCCCUCCUCCUUUCUAA